CAUCACAGAUUAUUACCGCGCGUCCAAUACUCAUACUCCGAUACCCUCCAACAUGUCGAUCCCCAGAAUGCCCACUCACCAGGUAAGUCUCCUCGCGGGCCAUGAGAUAUGCCCAGGUAACGUGUGAAUCAGACUUAUGUCGGCCCGCCCAGCUUCUCGUCUGAGGACGCUGCCGACAUGCCUCUGCAAGUGGACGAUGCUCCGAUUUGCCCCGAUACUCAUGAGCUACUCUCCGAAAACGGGAGAAAGCCCUUCUUCCCGCCCUCUCCUUUCACUAUCCGAAGCAUCGCUACCGAUAAAGUCCGCGUCUUGAAGACACCGCGCGUCAGGCGUCGUACCAAACCCGUCAAAACAGAGAAGGGAUCGAAUCCAAUCAUCGACGCGCCCCUGAGCCUGUUGACAAAGCACAUGAUUCACAUUCCAGUGAAGGACAUGGAAGCUUGGGUUAACCGGUCAGUGGAGGUUCGGAUGCAGGAGGUGGCAAAGAAGAAUGGAAAGAUUGCGCGUCCGAUGAACUCGUUUAUGCUCUAUCGCUCCGCCUAUGCAGAACGCACCAAGGAGUGGUGCUCCCAGAACAACCACCAAAUCGUCUCGAGAGUAUCUGGACAAAGCUGGCCCAAGGAACCACCGGAGGUACGUGAGAAAUUCGAGUUCCUCGCUCUCAUUGAGCGCGACAAUCACCAAAAAGCGCACCCAGACUACAAAUUUGCACCAAACAAGACACAGCCACCCCCUCGCAAUAAGAAGCGUUCCAUGGGAGACGAAAGUAGUGACGGUGAUAGCGUGGAAUUCCAGGUUCCGGCUCAUCCAUCGCCCAUGCAACACAAAAAGAUGAAAACUUCCAGUCUCAAUAGCUGCUACGACAGCCGCGAGUCGACCCCUCUCGACAGCCACGAGCCCAUUCUAGCUGAAGGUUACCACCACCCUACGUGGCAGAUGGAUAGUCGGCCCCUCCAACCACACGUCUUUCCCCAUGCCAAUCAUCAUGGGUAUUUUAUACAUCCUCAGGCACCAAUCUCGAACAUGAUGCGCACUGCCAACGAAGGUCCUCAUCCGCCGCCUGCCUUGAUGAAUGGCCACUACAGCAGUCUCGUCGGAAUUCCAGGCGGCCUUCAUCAAGAGCUGGUCCGUUCCUACCCAAGCAACCAUCCUGUCAGUCACAUGGAGAGCAAUCAAUUAGAUCCUCAGCUUUUGUCCGCGGAUGCUCCUGGUCCUGACAUGCGUUCAUACAGCCGCCCAAAUUUUCCAGCACCUGCAUAUUGGCAAGCUGAGCAGGAAAUGGGUCCGUAUUUGGCCAUGCCUGGUGCAUCGGGGACACAGAAUCUCAACUAUGACCAUAUCCCCAGCUACACCAACGCCCAGCCUCUAGAAGAUGGCCACAAUAUCUGGCCUUGCGAUGAUGGGGUUUCGGUGUCUGAAGUUGGCAAGGACUUUGAAAAUUGGCUCCAGCCGUCGAGUACAUAUCCAUCUCAAUAGGCAGCCUGCGAGUCUGUGUGUCUGUAUUGUGGGUUUGAUGACUAUUACGACUCAUGCUUGGCGGUAUUUUAUUCGGCAUGCGAUUUGGGCUGGAAGAUACCCUCGUUGGAUGAGAGUUAGACCUCCAUCUGAUCAUAAUUCCUCUUUUCUUAUCUUAGUUCCUCAUCCUAGUUUCUCAUCUGUCAAUGUGCGGCCAUUUGCCUUUUCCGUUA